UUGCAAGAAUAGUAUAAACUCUGUCCCAGCGGCAUGGUCAUGUUUAAAUCAUUUGACUGAACUGAAUUUAGAAGGUAAUAAGUUGUCUUACACUCCCGUUUCUGAUUUUAACGAAUUUAAUAAACUUCUAUACUUAAACCUUGGAAGCAAUAAAUUAUCAAAUUUUCCAAAAGGAUUGCGCGAGCUUGUUAAUCUAAAGACUUUAGAUUUCAGCUAUAAUAUUCUUACUUCUCUUGAUGGUAUGUUCCAGAAACUCUCUAGCCUUGAAUGCUUAAAGCUGAAUAAUAAUCAAAUCUUAUUUAUUAUGCCAAUAUCAUUUUUGUGGAUGACGAAGUUAACUUACCUAGAUUUGAGCGAAAACUUGCUGGUAUCGCUAGACAGCCGCUUGUUUAGAACACUUAGCAAUCUUCAAUAUUUACGUCUUGAUUAUAACGAAAUAAAUUUUCUUCCGUCUGGUUUGUUUUUCCAUUUGAGGGCUUUAACUUUUCUAAAAAUUAAUAAUGCCGCCGAGAAGGAUAAUAUUAUUACUGAUAUUGGACCCGAUGCUUUUUCUAAACCUUUUAAUUUUAGCAUUUUAAAGUUAACGCUUGGUAAAAGAUUCGACUGCCGCACGCGUUUGCGGUACCACAACGUUCUUAUGUUCGUCGACGAGAAGUGCCAGCUUGAUGAUAAAUUUCAAGAUUUUAGUUUUUUUAGAGUCUACACGAAUUCUUGAAAAGAUUAUAAAAAAGGAGCU